AUGUACAUACACAGAAAUACAAACGCACAGACACAUGUACAUACACACAGACACAUGUACACACAGACACAUGUACACACACACAGACACAUGUACACACACAUACAUUUACAUACACGCAGACACAUGUACAGAUACACACAUGUACAUACACACAGACACAUGUACAAUUGUACAUGCAUACACAGACACACACAUACACACACAGACCACCACCCCCCUCCCAUAAAAAGUUACAGUACUUCGUUGUUCAUUCACAGAUCCGGGCACUGCACUCUAGGUGGAGGCAGAGAGCACAGCACACACUCCUUGCUUUGCUUUCACUGCGCUCAGCUAUUGAGCAGUCUGACGGCUCCCAGUGCCAUUGACAGGUCCGGCAUGAGCUCUGAGCCUGCUCAGCAAGACAACUCUGGGGGACACACUCGCCCCCACCAUAAUUUCCACUCACCAUUGGUGAGCAGGCAAGUGGAAAUUUCAAGCCCU